GAUAUUUUUGUUGGGCUAAAGAUAUCAUGUCGGGCUCGAUAAUUUCAUUGCAAAAAUAUACGAUUAAAUUAUUGAUCUUAGUAAACAUGUUAUCGAAUUUUCCAAUACAUGGAAUUAGCGAAUCUCUGAACGAUGGACAAUAUUCAGAUACAUUCUACGUGGCCGACUUUGAAAAUACUGAAAUAAACAGUAAAGAAACCUUCCUCCCUGCGGGCGAGGAAUUGUUUGUGAAGAAAAAUGGCCUCUACCAGCCACUCAAGGAGACAGCACAAAAACUUCGCGAUGUUGAUUUGCCAACAAAUGCCGAGAAGCUGCAUGGAAGUUCUAGGGCAACGGACGUUCGUAGCAAAGAGGGCGAGUCUGAGAAUACCUUUAUUGAUAUUUUACCACAAAUAAUAAAGCGUAGAAGUAAACGCGCAAAUAAAGUCUCGGUUGCAAAAGGUGGUUUCUCAAGUCACAGGAAUUGCGAGCCAAGCUCAGAAGACGAGACGAUUGUAAGUCUCGGUGAAGGAAAAAAUGAAGGAGUUACAAAUAACGCGUCGUUACAUCAUCUCCCAAAACGCUCGACGAAAUCGAAGUUUGAAUUGACUAAAAGAAAUAACAAAGGAGAAAGUACAGUUUGCGGUGAAUGUCUGACAGAUCCUUCCCUUACGGACCGAUUGUCGUUUUCGAGUCGUUCACUGCCGGAGCGCAAGCAAAGUUUCUUGGACAAUAAAAAAAACUCGGCAGCUGAAAUCAUGACUGUAAAUGAUCAUCCUUCGUCCGAGAGUGCAACAGUAAAUCAGCAUCAGCAGAAAAUCCAUCAUAAUUUGGUUGUGGAUUCUUCGGAAUCCGACGACCUGACGUCCACUUCAAGAGAGCCCAGCCACGUGGACGAGUCCAUCUUAGCUCGGUACCCGGGGCAAGACGACUACGUUUCACCGCAGGUGUCGGUGAUGGGUGUAGCAGGCUCGCCAGUCGAGCUGCCUUGCAGAAUUCCGACCCAGGUUUUCGACGCGACUUCCGGAGCAAACAGCGAACAUAUAUUUAACGGAGCUACAAACAGCGAACAUACAAUUAAUCCGAAGCUUAGUUUCGUGCAGGAUGAACAAGAGUUGCACCCGCUACGUGGGCCUCCGCGUCAGUCUCCCCAACUGCUGCUCUGGUACAGAGAUGAUGGCGACAAGCCAAUAUACAGUUACGAUGCAAGACCGGGCAAGUCUUCACCGUCCCACUGGCGGUCCUCACACAUCAGUCCUCGGUCCAGCCUAGACCCUGUGCGGUACUCGCUCACAUUACAUGACGUAACGCGGGCUGACUCCGGUCUUUACAAAUGCACUGCGCACUACAAAACUGGGCCGACUCUCACUGCAGCUGCCAGACUCUCAGUGGUCGAGCCGCCCGGCAGGGUAUGGAUCAGCAGCAGUUCCAGCUCUGGCUCUCAGCUUAACUCUUCAGAUGUCAUGGUCGUCGGACCUCUGGUGGAAGGAGGAACCCUAAGAUUAACCUGCCACGCAGAAGGCGGUGAACCUGAGCCCCAAAUAUCCUGGUGGGACGGCCACCGAAGACUCGACCCUUCUGCUCACUCAAAACGAGCCCAAGGGGUCGGUAAAAAUACUCACGAAACACUGCAUGAAAAAAAGAAACCCGGGCCAGUUAAAGGAGAAGAAAAUGUGAACGACAACGUCGACCCUGGAGGGCAAAAAUCAUUUGUCGAGAACCGCGCUAGUGAAGGAAUCAAUAACAUUCGACACAAGAAAGAAAAAAGAAGAGAUAUUCCAAGUGGACGGAAACAUAAAGUCAGUGAAACAAAGUUUGCAGGAACAAGCGAUGAAAAUUUACCAUUACAUAGAGACUUUGUUAAUAGGCUCAAAAAGUCUCAUAUAAUCGGUCAAAAUCGAAGCAAAACGCAAGAAAAAUCUGUUUUUAGUAAAGAAUUUAAUACUGAGGUUAAGUCUGAUAGUUAUCAAGAUAUAUUCAACCUUAGUUAUUCUAAAGACAUUGAAACUAGUGAAAAAUUAGUGCAAAAUGAUCUGAAGUUUUCAGAACAGAAUUCCAGUGCAGGGUUCGAGUAUGAACGAACUAACGAGAUGUCCGAAAAUACCAAGCAAGAACAUAACGUUCAGUCUGUAAAAAUUAAAAGAGCCUCUGAAAAAAGUAAGGAUCUAUUUGACAAUAUAAUAAUUUCCAAGAAUAUCGAGCCGAUAUCUAUUAAACGAGCUGUGAAAAAGUUAACUAAAAUUUUGAAAAAUUUGGUAAAACCAGCGAAAAUUUUCCACCGGAAAAGAAUACAUGAUAGAUGGAUUAAAAGAUCCACGAGUAGGAACUUUGGUGACGAUGAAUAUUUUACAACUGAAAUUAAUAAAAAAUAUCACAUCAGGAGACACUCAGACUCCAGCAAAAUGCAGUUAUUGAAAUUAAACCCAAAUGGACAGCUUAUUUCACUAAGAAUGGAAAACAAUUUCCGAGAAAUUUCAGAUCCAAUUACAACCGACGUUAUAUCAGCAAAUUUGAAUGAUUAUGCCUUUGCAGAUAAAAAUAUUUCUACGUUGAAGUCGAACCUCGUACAAAACUUGCCGAUAUCCCGAAGACUCAAUAAAACAAAAUUACGUCUCAGCAAACCUCCUACCAUCGAUCGGUUCAGCAACUUCUCGAAUCCUGAUGUAGCCAAACUUUCAAGUUCUGAUCCUGUCUACAACGAGAACUUGAGUUCAAUGAAAUUUCUGAGAAUCAUGAAAGAACACACGAAAGAAAACAGCAAUCAAAAUACCUCCAAUACGCUGCUACCACUAAAGUUUUCUGACGUCAAAAGCAAUCGCACUAAACGCAAGCGAAAUUCAAACCACGAGUCGGAAUCCUCAUCAAAUUUAUUCAGAAGGCCAACCAAAAUUGUACCAACGCACGAUGGUCACGUUCGGCAUCCCAAAAUUCCUCGAGCAGAGGGAAAUUUCCCCAGCUACAGUGAGCUGAGUACACUCGACUCACUUCCUCCCAUUUCCCCAACACGAAUCUCCACCACGGAGAAGCAUGAGCGCGGCGUGCACAGCAACAGUCUUGUCGUGGAAGCCCUUGGCAGAGAAGAUCUCCACAGAACCUUUUCUUGUCAGGUCACGAACUCCAACUUGACAACAACAAUUGUCAUGUCCGCUACACUGGAUAUGAUUUUAAACCCGACUCGUCUGCUCGUGGUGUCUCCGCCUGAGUCGCAGCCUCUGGUUGCAGGACGAGUGACUGUCUUCGUCUGCACUGCGACAGGCGACCGUCCGCCUGUAGAACUCACCUGGAAGUUAGAUGGACAAGCUCUGCCAGAUUCGAAUAUUGUCAGCAUGAGACAUGGAACUGAGACAGAAUCCAGGCUGAGUCUGAUGUUGAAUCCAGAGCAUGAUUCAUCCAGACUCACUUGCACAUAUGCGACUCAUCAUCCGAGGCUUCAGCCGCUGUCUGAGUCACGCAUACUGCGUGUUGAGUACGCGCCAAGAGCCAAGCUCUCGCCUGGUCGGUCUAUCCUGCUGAGUGAUGUGCGGGAGGGAGAUGAUGUUUAUUUUGAAUGUGAUGUUGAUGCGAGUCCUACCGUCACCAACGUAAGGUGGCAACGUCAGGGUGACGACAUCCGGCCCUCGCCCUCCCGAGGCCUGAUCCUCAGCAAUCGCAGCCUCGCCAUGCAACGAGUUAGCAACCAAAAUUCUGGCCGCUACACCUGCUCAGCUACCAACUCACGUGGUACUGGUGUCUCAAACGCCCUCGACCUGGUAGUCAAAUAUGCGCCAAAGUGUGGCAAACAAGAUUGGAGCGUCAAAGGGGCCUCGAUAGGCUCAAAGGUGGCAGUUCCAUGCACGCUGGACGCGCUGCCUGGGCCUUCUGAAGUCACUUGGACCUUCAACAGCACAAGCGGACACACGGCGAGAAUAGAUCAAGCACACGUGCGGCAACGUGAUGCCAACACGUCCAUGGUUGUUUUCGUGCCCCGCAACGAGUUGGACUUCGGCGCGCUAUUCUGCUAUGGGCGUAACGAGGUGGGGGAACAGAAGGAGCCUUGCGUCUUCACUGUCUUUCCUGCAGCGAAGCCUGGUCCUCCAUCGAACUGCCAGCACGAGACUGAAUCCGCGACGAUGCUGCAAAUUGAAUGCGACUCUGGAUCGGACGGAGGACUCGAUGUCACGUAUCGUCUCAAUAUCUGGUCUAAGAAUCCUGCCUCGGAUGCAGAAGCUAGCUUUGGAGGAUUCAAGAAGACCGCAAAAGAUCCUGGAAAUGGAAGGAAAAAUCAUAGCAGCAGAAUUGGUAUCGAUGCUGAGAGUAGCGAUCGCAAGUCGAAACAGCGCCUCGGGGUUUUUAUCUCGAGCGACUCUAGACUCUUAGUGAACAUGUCAGCUUCGAGUCCCUCCUUCAAAGUGCGAGGUCUGGGGCCUGACUCGAGUUACGUUGCAGUCGUGACGUCAUGCAACACGCAGGGUUGCGCUGCAAGCAACACAUUUGAGAUCAGCCGUCUGACUGACGCUCUCGAGAAAAGAACGGCGGCAAUGAAACCAGCGCCCAGCAGUGCUGCUGUUGGCGGUAACAGCAUCAUAGUCUUGCUUGUUGCUGUGGGCUUAGCAUCUCUCUUGACUAUGAUCAUCAUCGUGCUGCUCACCGUAUUUAUUGUGAAGAAAAGACACAAUGCCAGGAGAGGAAACCUCGCCAACGAUGUGGACCACAACAGCGAAGUUUUAAACUCGAGUCCCAAAACUUCCAGUCGUGGAAAUAGCAACGAACUUAGAUCCAUUCAGGAAGAAAGUGAAAUUCAAGGAACUGAUUUGCUUGAAUGUGAAAUAAAAAAUACAAUAAACGAAAGAACAGGAGCAAUAGCAAAAAAUAAAGGUAUGAGAACAACGUUUGAAAAUAUAGCUACGCCAUCAACAAUCGAGAUUGAAACAACGAGAACCACUGAAGUGUUGCUCGUAGAAAAUCAGUUCCCGUUUCUUAGCGAUGCAAUUUCAGGGUUUCAGAGCGUUCCCAGAUUUGUCGUGGGCAGCUCUGGGCCCAGAUCUUGUCUGAGCACUGAGCAAGGCGUCAGAGCAGAUAUUGCUGCGAAUAUAAAAACUGAUUCCUCAGUUGGUGCUUCUGAGCACACGUUGUAUAAAAAUCCUGCCUCUUCAGGCAGUGUAAAACGAGCGACAAAUUUCAUAGAAUUAAAUAAUUUUGAAAAUGAUACCUGAAUUUGCAGGUUACUUUUCUAUUAUAAUGAAUAUAUGUCAUUAUUUCUCUGUUGAGAGAAAUAGCUCAAGUUAUUCGUAUUGAGCAGAAUAAAUGCGAAGUGAAAUGUAUCAAAUACUGGCGCAAUGUGUUAAUCCAGCGAUAUGAUUUCAAUCGUUAUUCUUAUUACUUUUGGUUUUUCAAAUUUGUUUUCUCAGUUUACUGUUGCUCUACACGCAUACCAAGUAAAUGUUUUUAGUUAAUCAUCGAAAUGCAAUCAUGAUUCCUAGAAUUCAGACAUCAUAUUUACAACGUUUACCACAGGAUCAGUCAUGAUUUAAGUCAUAAAUUCCAUUCAACAUGUUUUUGGUCACAUUAAGUUUUAAUUCAUUUCAUUAAUUUAACCUUACAGAAUUAUCUGGUGAUCGGGAUAAUGUCUUAUAUAAUUCACAAUUCAGUCUCCAUUAAUUGGUCUAAAGUAAAUAAAUAAUUAAACAUAGCACCCAAUUUACCUCACAUUCACGGCGGAAAUCAGUACAUGAUAAAAAUUAUCAAUUUUAUUAAUCAAUAUAUUGACUUAAUCAACAGUGUCAUGCGUUUGUGAGUGUCACUCUGUUAAGUGUUGGUGUAAUAAAUGGAACAAACUC